AUGGAGCCGGAGGGCCGACCUGGAUUGGCGCACCGGGAGCAUCGAGAGCAAGCCUCUCCAAGCGCCACUGAACGAAGCCACACCCUGGCAAAGCGGAAGCCUCGUCGUCGUGUCCUUCGGAGCAUAGCCAUUGGCAUUGCUGCUUCAGUGACUUGUGCCUGGUCUGCAUGCCAAUUAGCGCUUUGUUCACGACCAGGUCAGUUGGCUCCGUAUGGCGCUCAAGUCAGUCUCAGGAGGCUGAACGAUGGACGAUCUCGGCUUCACCGGCUAGUUGCAUCAGCGCUGCUCCCCGGCAAGUAUCGCUCGCUUACGAAGAUUCGAUUGAGAAAGGAGCCAGACACGAAUUCGGAGCCUACAGGUGAGUCGCUCAGUGCAGGAGAGGUGUUUGAAGCCAUAGAGGCACUGAGUCCAUCAGACGAUGGUAUAGGCUACCUCAAAGUGGCCGGUGGCUGGGUUUUCGAUCAGGGCAUUGCUGGGCGAUGGCGCGGCAAAGCCAUUGUUGAAGCAAUCCAGGUGACGGAGCCGACAGCACCGUCACAACCGGAUCCCGUGCCUUUGCCGCGGGAUCUGAGUCCAGAAGGUGUGACGUCUGGGUCGAGCUCCGCGAAAGUUCCCGAGGUCAUCGCAGAGGAGCCGAAGGCAGCUGCGGCUGCGGCUCCCGUGGCUCCGGCAGUUGCUUUGGGCACGGCAAGGGUGGAGAUGGUGAGGCUGCCCGACGAAGUUCUUGGAGCCGGCUUUGAAUUUGUGCGGUUUGAAGUUGCUCAGGGGCGGCAGCCUCUUACCUUCAUGCUCGGCUCUGGCUUUCCUACAAAUGCACUAACCGAGCGCGGGCGAGGGCUGAUUGAUGUCGAAGGUGCAAAGUUCGCUGGAGGCUGGCUCUCGCAAGCCCAGGCUGCCACUAAAGUCAGCUUGCAAGACGUGCGAUUCCUGGAGACAGGUUCCACAUUUGCUGACCUGGGCGAAUGUAGCACUUUGGACUUCCCCCAGGCGCAGCUGGCAGAGCAGCUCGGGAUUGAGGUGCAUGGUAUCUUGGGUAAGCCCUUCUUCACGCAGUAUGAUGUCGACAUUGACCGAUAUCGUGCCCGCGCCGACAUCUACACGCCUGGAGACGCAGCAUCGCAAGGUUUCUACAGCGGUGUGAAGCAUCUUCCUGGCAUAGAGCUGCCGCAGAGCCAGCUGGGGCUCGCUGUCAAGGGAGCUGCUAUGAGUGAAGAGGGCGAUCUUCCACCGACUCCGUCGGCUUUCAUCGGCCUUCUGGACAGCAGCGCAGCCCACACGGUGCUCAAUUGGGAGGCGGCCAAGCUCUUCGGUUUCAGCGGUCCGUCCGAUGUGCGCCUCACGUCUGCAGCGAAGGUCUUAGCCGCAUCUGCAGAUGGACAAGCUGAGGAAAUGCCAGUGACUCGAGUACGUCUGAGCCUUUGCAGUGUUCCGGAGGGAGUUGCGCCAAAGCUGAUGUCCGUUUCGAAGGAGGAAUGGGAGGCGAAAGGUGGCAACGGUUGGUUCUUUGCGGACCUCAGCGGCGGUGACGAGUGCGUAGACUUCGGCGCCAUCGAUGUUGCCAUUGGAAAUCCCCUUGCGCUUUCCGUAUUGGAAGAUUCAAAAAUCGGUCCAUUCAAGGGCGCCGCUGCAAUUAUAGGUCAAGAUGUGUUGUUCCAGGCCGACCGUGUGGUUAUGAACAUGAAGGACAGCCAGAUUUGGCUUCAACCCGGUGAGAUGAAGGAUUCUCCUGAAAUACCAGACCGUCGUGGGCUUUGCAUGCAAAUUCUUUGCCUGCCGUUGCCCGGCACAUGUCAUUGCCAGCCGGAGGGAAUGGAGGCCAAACAUCGAAUUCCUUUGGUGUCUUCGCAUCGGCAUCGGAUUGCCAAGGCGGUUUAUGAUGCUGCGCCAACUGCUGCCUUGAAACGGCCUCCGCCGGAACCGAAAGGCGCAGGCAGCCAGAACAAAGACGCUGAGACCUUCGUCAUUGAUUUGGCGCACCUGUUUGGUGACCCAGAGCAUGCGCUUGAGAAGCUGCGGAAGGUUUCUUCCGUGGACCGUGCCACAUACACUCGCGUUGCGGUGUUUGGUUUUGCCCUCCUCCAGCUGCCAACUUUGAGUGACAUGCUGAAGGAGCUCCCAGAUGUUCAGGAGCUGGUGUUGCCAGACCUGAAGCAGGAUGAAACGUCCCGGCUGCAUCUGAAACAUUUCGCCCUGGAGUCUCAGCUGUCACACAGCACGAAGAUCAUCUUCCUCGAUUGCUUGGAGGUGAGCGUCUCGGAGCUCUUCGGAGAUUGA